AUGUGGGGAGAAAGCAGUAAAAAUUGUGAAUUGAACUGCCAGUGCUCUGGGUUAAUAACAGAAAGCUUCAAGAUUAACUCCGGGAACAGUGCUCAAAAACGGAAACAGACUGAAGCAAUUUCAACAAAUUACAAACUUAAAAUGAACCCACAUUCAUUGGACUUCAACAGAAAACAGUCACCCUUGAGCUCACCUAUUGCAACACCAUCAAAACGACGUAUACUAGGAGAGUUACAAAACUCGCCUCUCUUUAGACCGAAAAAUUCACCAAUAAUCGAAAGAUUCACAUCCCCUGUGAUUGAGCGACUUAAAAAUUCACCAUUAGAAAGAAGGAAGUCUCCAUUGAUUGAUCGUAACAGCUUGUCGCCUUUAACUACUCGUUCUGAAAGAGUUUUAAAACGAACCUCAAGGAAAAUAUCUAAGAUAUUCGAGGAAAGAUCUAAGUUCAGGAUGUCGAAUAAGGAAAAUGAGAGCCCUUUUAUCAAUGAGACUUUUGUUAAGUUAGAUGUGGAGGAAGAGACCAGAGACUGUUCGUUUGGAGAGACAUUUCAAUCAUUGAUGUGCACAGAACAGAUUACCCAUUGGUCUACUGCUAAGUUGGAUUUUACUGAUUCACUUCCACAAAAAACCUAUGAGAGUGAAAACUUGAAAGAAGACAUCAAUGUACCCGAAAAAGACUUAGAACCCGAUUUAGACCCAGAUUUUGAAACCUUACAUGAUUUGGAGGAAGAAUUCGAUGCGGACAACUUCGACCAGUGCUCGAAGUACGAAAUAAUUUCCACAGACAGUCCAAACAUAAUAUCUAGAGGACGGUCCACAUCUAGAAAGAUAAACUCUAAGAAUUUUGUCUUUGGAGCACCAUUGGUUGACAAUGAAGCAUCUACCUCCUUCAACAGACCAAAUGCAAAUGCUACCAGGAUGUUAAACUUUGAAGAAGAAAACUUUGAAUUCACAUCACCGGCUGCUAAGCGACCUUCAACUACAAGCGUCUCCGUCAAAAAGUCUUUAAAAUUCACAGAGACCCCCACAAAAAUUUUAAAGCAUGAAAAGAGUGAUUCUAGUAUUGGAUCCAUGUCAUCACCCUGCUCAACUAAACUAAGGUUUCCCUCUGAAUCCACAACAUCCAUGGAAAGUGGGUUUGUGUCGGAGUUAGAAGAACCUUUCUUAGAAUUGGAAGAGAUGUCAAAUUCCCCCAAAAUGCCCAAUUUCAAAGAGCUACUCUGUGGUCCUAUAAAAGAUAAUAUUAUCACAGAUAAAGACUUCCUUCGAAGACCAACUUUGCAUAGAAGUUUGAGUUUCAAUCCGGAAGCAUCUAAAGCAAGAGUGUCUCUUAACAAAAUAUCAGAAGGUCCAGAAAGUCCGAAGAAGUCGCAGAAACGGUCGGAGAUUAGUGAGUUACAGAAUGAAGGUAGUAAGAGAAGGAAGUCUAAUUGUGAGAGUCCAGAAAUGGAGAGGAUACAGAGACCAGUGCUGCAUAGAGCUUUUUCUGAAAAUAAUGCAUCCAUCAUGUCCGCUUUAGCUAGAUCUUAUGUCGAUCCUGACCUCAUCGGUGACUUCUCGCUACCAUUUGCUCUGCCUCUGACAUGCGGUAACCACUCCGAUCUCAAGUCCAUAUCCUGCGACACGCUGGCCAAUCUACUGAGGGGUGAUUUUGAGCACAGCAUCGGUGACUUUCAGGUAAUCGACUGUAGAUACCCAUAUGAAUACGAAGGAGGUCACAUUCUUGGCGCAGUCAACUUAUAUACACCUGCGCAAAUACUGACCCUCGUAAGCAAGCCACUGAAACCCAAAGAACUUCAUGAAAAACGAAACAUUCUUAUCUUCCACUGCGAGUUCUCUUUGGAAAGAGGGCCAAAACUAUCACGUUACCUCCGUACCAACGACAGAGCUAAGAACAAAGAGAACUACCCUUCUCUUCAUUACCCUGAAAUAUACCUUCUACAUGAAGGCUAUAGAGCUUUCUAUCAGCGGUAUCCCGACUUGUGCUCACCAGCUGGAUAUACGGCCAUGUUGGAUCCGCAACACAGACAUUUGUUAAAACAGCACAGAUCACUUCUGGAGACAUCGUCUUCUGUUCAUCACAAGCGGAAUCGUCUGCUUCUUUAG